AUGGGAAAGUUAAUCUGGAGUCAGUGGGCGAACGUAAUUGCUAUAGUCGCUGCAUUCUGGGGUGUUUUUGGCCUCUUCUUCCGAUACAGCGUGUUCAAUAACAUUCCAUCAAUCGAAAAUACCGUUGUAAAUCCCGUCAAUAUUUUUGCAAUAAUAUGUAUAGUCACCGGCAUUUUAGUGUUGGUCCUGGAACUCUUUGUCAAGAGAUACUUUGUUGCUCGAGCAGUUUUGUACGUACUCAUAGCAGGAGCAUCAGUGCUGAAUUAUGAAAACACAAAUCCAUCGCUAUACUUGAUUAUUAGUGCUGCGAUGUAUAUAACUGCAGAAUUCCAAUCAGAAAAUGUUGUACAUAAGACAACGGGAGCAACUGGAAAGGGGAACGUGUCGAUGGAUGAGAAGACGGCGACUGGUACGCCGAAUAAUGUGUAA